UUUUAGCAUUUGUAAUUUGUAAACAAAACUCUUCGCUGAAAGUGAAUUCCCAUGGAAAAUUCCAUUUGUUUAGCAUUAGUUUUAAUGUUUUAAAAAUUUCAAUUAGAGGCUGGCUCGUGUUCUUUGCAUCCAUGAACAAAGAUGGGAAUAAAUUCGCACGUGGUAGUUUUUUUUACAAUCAGCCACCAUACACACAUUUCAACAAAUCAUUUGAUGAGCCCGGCGACGCGUUGUACCAUCAUUUAAAUGAAGUUCAUCCGGUGUUUAUGCAGUCUGAGCACCUUAAUCAAUGCCCCGAUUAUCGGGUGUUAUUGGAUCCCCGAACUAAGACUGAGGUGAAGCAAAUUUUUUACGAUCACACGAUAGACGAAUGGCAAAGCAUAGAAAUUUUUCGAAGUCUGCAGACUUCGAUUAUAAAAAGAUUAGAUCAUCUAGCAUGCUUACGAGUUAUAAAAGCAUGGCAAGAAUUCAGUGAAGUAGAUGACCGAGACGUUUUCCGUUGGCGGUCGCUAGAGCGUGAGAGGACAUCUGAAAAGGAAGCUUUUGACAAAUUUUUGAUAGAAUACUCUCGUACGCAAAAAGAAGCGAUUUACGCGCCAACCGACCGAUUUGUUACACUUUACAAACGUUUUUACGCCGCAAAGUUAAACCAAUUACUUUUAGAAUAUCCAGAGAACUUGCCACUGAACACCCACGCUGGUAUCCCACAUCCCCGAUUUAAUAAGUCUGGUCAACGUAAAAGUAUGCAAAUAGAAAAUGUAGGAUUGAUAAGACGAAAAGGUUGGGUUCCAGUAAAGCACGAAUGUGCUAACGAUUUCCAGCGACUCAAUUUACAGUUGGAAAGAUGCAUGGAUUACUAUAUAAAUAGUAUUACCACAGUAAGUGAUGCGAUGUGGGAAACUAAUCGCAAAUCCCAGCAAUUGGCGCACCAAUUUCAUAUACCAUUAGAGUCACUGGUGUUUUUGUUAACGGCUGGUAAUUCACCUGACCUGCCAACUGAGGUUCAUUUACAAAUUGAGAAGGGCAUUGACAAUUUAAAAAUUAUUAAGUUCAAAGAACCAUUGCCGCCACGGAUCUGCGGUUGGUACACACAUAAACUGAUAGUGGAAAAUGCCUUUGAAGCUUUGGUGAGCACUAGUGAAGGAUCCCAGUGGUUGUAUAUAGACAAUGAUAUUAUACAACAGAAAAAAGCCGUCGACCCAACCGAAAUUCAAGCGGCGAUAGAUCCUAAAAGAGAAUUUCAUGCUUACGAAUUUGGUGAAUACUUAGAAAAAAAAUGUAAAAGUCGUGAAAAAAGGAUUAAAAGUAAUUUUGCUCUUGUUGAGUGGAAUCUGAAUGGAAAGGAUCAGGACGAGAACAAUAUUAACCUGCAGCUUUUUACAAGUCUAAAAUUGGCCCCUGCAAUGGAUAUAUCCGGUGCACAAUUGCUAAGCGGUUAUUCAAUCAAAUUAGAAUAUAAACCCCAAUUUGGAGCUGAACAAUUGACACAAUAUGAACUGAUUAAAGAAUGGCUGCGAAUAAAGCUGUUGGGCCAGUGUAGUGGAUUUACUGAUGGGACUCUAUGUUUUCGCGUGGCGGUGAAGAACUUAAGCUUGCAGUUAGAGCAUAGUUUAAUGCUGGCCAGUAUUGAACUGCAACUUUCCGAGGGGUUUCAAUUAAAAAUGCCGCAGCUUAUUGCAGGGCUAACAGACACCCUACAGUUGUUGGUGAAUAUGCCAAUAGGCCAAUACUUCUUACGAUACAACCCAAAGUACCCUGAAAGGCUGCUGUUGUCGGCACCUUCGAAAGAAAUAACACCAAAUACCGUUUUCUUGCAUACACUACUCAAAGUCGAGCCAUCCGAUUUAGCGUUUAUGACGGAUGUACGGCAUCUGCCUAUUAACGAUUCAUUAUGCACCGUUGUGCAUGAGCGCUUCAAAAUUAUGCCAUGUGCAUUCAAACCGCGAUAUUCUCAUCAAAAUAGUUAUCGAAGGCAACCUAGCACAUUUAGAAUGCCAACAAGUGAUGAAGAAUAUAUUCGAAGAAGAUUAGCAGUGAAAAAGAAAAAGAAGGACGAUCUCCUUCGACUGAAAAAAUCUCAAAGAAGGCUAGUUAAAGCAACAAAAGUAAAGCGACGCAAAAAGCUUGAAAAGCAGGAAGCUGCUAAGGACAAUGAGUUGGAGAAAUUCAUCAAUGAAUUUUAGUUAAUAACAUUUAGUUUUAAAUUAAACACCUUUUGUCUGAAAUACAUGUAUUAAAACUAAAA